AUGGAGGUCUCUUCAUUAUCGACAACCUCGACCAGCUAUCUCUGUUCACCCACAGAGGCAUUGCUGCUUAAAAGGGUUAAACUUCCUUUGCGGCUUCCAAUUUCAUUGAAUAGAAGAUGUUCUCUGUCUUUGGGGACGCAACCUUGUGCUCUGGUUCACAAAGAAAACUCUUCCAAGGUUUUAUGUAGUCAAAAGAGAGAGAUUCCUAUUGUUGAGGCCAGUUCCAUGGAUGAGAUAUAUGAUGCUUUAGCUGAACGGCUUCUUCCUACAGCAGCAGCAGCAUCGAAUCCUAAUUUCAAGCAUAUUGUGGCCUUGGCUGGCCCCCCUGGUGCUGGAAAGAGCACUUUGGCUUCUGAAAUAGUGCAUCGUGUAAAUAACGUAUGGCCACAAAAAGCUUCUUCAUUUGAUUCUCAAGUCAAGCCUCCAGAUAUUGCUGCAGUUCUUCCCAUGGAUGGGUUCCAUCUAUAUCGUUCCCAACUUGAUGAAAUGGAGAAUCCAGAGGAAGCCCAUGCCAGAAGAGGAGCUCCAUGGACAUUUGCCCCAACCCUACUGCUUAGAUGUCUGGAAAAGUUGAGGAAAGAGGGAUCAGUUUAUGCACCGUCUUUUGAUCAUGGUGUUGGAGAUCCAGUGGAAGAGGAUAUCUUUAUAGACUAUAACGACCAGCCUAAUGCAGAGCUCGUUAUCAAGUCAAAGAAAAAUGCAGAUUUAGUAAUCAGGUCCAUCGAUUUCUAA